AUGGAGCAAAUUGAGUUGCAGUCUACCGACCCAGAGAGUCGGGGGACUGGUAGCAAGAAUGAUCGUGAUAGGCUUGGUCUGGCAAGACUGGGGAAGAAAUCAGUUCUUCAGCGGAGUUUUGGAAUCCUAUCUAUCCUCGGAUUUAGCUGCACUAUUUUGGCUACAUGGGAGGGCUUAUUUGCUGGUGGUUCGGCAGGUGCUAUUUACUCUUAUAUUCUGGCCUGGAUAGGCACUUUCUGCACCUUUGUUGUGAUUGCAGAGCUGGCCUCAAUGGCACCUACGUCGGGUGGGCAAUAUCACUGGUGUGCUAUGCUGGCUCCCCCACAUAUGAUGAAGUUCCUGAGUUAUAUCACAGGGUGGGUAACUGUGAUCGGAUGGCAGGCCGGGUUUGCCUCCGCCGCAUACCUUGCCGGAACAGAGAUCCAGGGCGCUGCGAUCCUUGCAUACUCAAAUUACACCCCCCAUGCAUGGCAAGGUACACUUAUCCUUUGGGCAGCGGUGGUUCUUGCCCUUGGUAUUAAUCUCGGGGGGGGAGGGUUCCUGUCUCGUCUCGAGACCGUGGUUCUCGUUGUCCACAUUUUGGGUUUCUUUGGAAUUCUGAUUCCACUGACUUACAUGGGAAGACACAGGUCAAGUUCUGAGGUAUUCCAGGAAUUUCUGAAUGGGGGCAAUCUUCCAACCCAAGGGGUAUCAUGGUUUGUAGGUAUGAUGGGAUCUGUCUUUGCCUUUGCCGGCGGGGAUGCAGCGGUCCACAUGGCUGAAGAAGUCCAAAAUGCAUCUGUAGCUGUGCCACGUGCUAUUCUUUUGAGCAUUCUCAUUAACGGCACCCUGGGCUUCAGCAUGUUGAUAGCUGUUCUCUUCUGUAUGGGAGACAUUGAAACCGCGUUGGCUACACCAACAGGCUACCCUUACAUGGAAAUUUUUCAUCAGAUUACCGGUUCUGUCUCCGGGGCACUAGGGAUGUCCUCAGUGGUUCUGAUAAUCGGUGUCACUUCUGUGAUUGGCAUGCUCGCUGCGACAUCCCGGCAACUCUGGGCGUUUGCGCGCGAUCGAGGAGUGCCUGGUUGGCGCAUAUGGAGCCAUGUUUCCACAUCAAGAGCACUUCCCACGAAUUCAAUCUACCUCACCAUGGCCAUCUGUUGUCUGUUAGGCUUGAUUAACAUCGGCUCAAGCGUCGCGCUCAAUGAUGUGGUGUCGAUGACCGUUUCCGGCCUCUAUACAUCUUACCUCAUUGUGGUCGCGUUGCUUUUUUACCGCCGUACAACUGGCCAAAUAUCGCGGAUCCCCCAAGGGGAUUCGAUGGUGGCUAAUGUACCUGGCGCCGAGUUGGUAUGGGGCCCGUUCCACGUGCCAGGAAUAUGGGGAGCCAUGGUCAACGCCUGUGCCCUAAUUUAUAUUCUCAUUAUUAUUUUCUUUAGUUUCUGGCCUACUCAAUUGCCGGUAACAGCGGAGAACAUGAACUAUAGCGUGGUGGGGACCUGGGGUACAAUAUUCCUCGCGGUGUUGUACUAUGCGGUGCGCGCGAGGAAGGUCUAUACUGGACCAGUUAGGGAGAUUGCAAUUCCCUUGCCAUGA